AUGACUACAUCUACCACCACACCACAGGCGCAAAUAUUCCCCGGGAAAGGGCUUGGGUUUAUCACCCUGGGCGCAUCCCUUCAUAAUGUCCUUACCAGGGUGAAGUCGUAUCCUCAAUCCUAUCCCGCCAUCGACCUUGCCUAUUCUCCCGCAGAUCCGCUUCGCAAACCGGUGGUGUUACAGUUACCCUCAAACGGCCUACGCCUUCGUUUCGACGGCCCUGACCAGAGGCUUCGCUUGAUUGAAGUCCUGGACUUUUCUCGAGUGAACUUAGUCUACAAGAACCAGGAUGUCCUCAAAGGUGGGAAGUCAACAGAACAACCCGUGUCUCCGCACGGCCCCAGUUUCCGGCAUGUCUACAAUCGCCUGUUUGGUCCCUCAUACCCAGGAGAAUACGUACCACCGGCAGAUCCGUCACCGUAUGGCACCUAUGUGCUUUCAUAUCCCGGGAUCGCGUUUUCGUUCCCCCUUCAACAUUCGGCCUGGUCCGAUCAGUGUGAUUUUGUAGCGUUGUUAUCCUCUUCCGCUGCCCUGCCAGCGACAUCUAUGUCUAUCUUCCACGGGUCAUCAUGGCCUGAAGUUCGAGCCAAAUUAUUCACACAACAACCACAGUAUCCACGAUCGUCAGCUUUGAUAGGUAAAUCCCGUGAGUCGCUCGCGGAUGAGAUCGAGGAGUGGCAUGUUCUUGGCGCUGGAAAGCUUGAAGUGAUCCGCCGGACGGCUUCUCCCUUGUAUAUAACACUAGGGGAGACGACGCCUCAGGACUUGAUUGCGGAUUUUGGGCCACCCGAUGCGAUCUAUCGUAAAAAUGAUCGCCGAAUCUCAAUCCAUCGUGCAACUGGAGGUGGGGACCUGCACUUGAGUCCCUCUCCAGGCAGAGGAAUUGAGAUUGCAGAUGCCGACCACUCGUCGACUAACAGUGUAACCGAUGACUCGGACGAUGAUUUGGGUGCCUUUAACGUUGGGGACCUUACCUCACUUCCUGCAGAGUCGUUUUUGAACUACUUCCACCAUGGAUUUGAUGCCUUCAUCUCGUAUCCAACGACCCCUGGACCUGCCUUUCCUGCCUCCGGCCUUCCAGAUCCAUCGGUUCCGGCCGCAUCUUCCCAAUUGACAGUUACAAAGAUUAUUCUUCAUGGGAAUGUUCCAGGUUCAUACCCAUUCAAUCGUCAUCGCCGAAGUCGCUGGUUGAUUCCUUUGGAUGAUUCCGGCGACAGUCUGACUUCGGAAUCGCCCUAUGAUAAAGUCUCCGAGCGACUGCGCGCCACUUGGAAAGGAUCAUAUGCCAACCCUACCGAGGAACGUGCCCUCCAACGGCCAAUGGUGCUCAAUCGUGGUUGGGGGGACAGCCCAGAAAGCAGUGUUGAGUUUCUUGGGGGGUGGGAGGAGAGUACGGCUAAGGGUCCUCGCACUGGUGCUGAUGGCCAGGAUGGAGGCUUGGGGAACACCGAACUAUUUGGAUUCCCGGGGCUUCUAUUUGAAGUUCUGAAGAAUGGUGCUGUGAGUUGCUUGACAGUGUACUGA